UAUUGAAGAAUGGGCGUUUAAUACGACCAAUGUAUUUUUUUUUCUUUAGGAAGCAUUCCGACAUAGGCCAUUUUAUUAUCAGAAAUCUUAACAUCGCCGUAAUAAAAUCUGUCGUGGGGUUUUUAAUUCAAUUCAUGUUUUAAACAGGCUGGUCCUAAAUGUUUGGAAUCAAUGGAAUGGGUCACUAUUAUAGCUUGCGUUCAAUGGGGUGUAUUAACACCAGCAGUCUGAUGAGUGCAUCAAUAAGUAUUAACGUGUAACACCCAGUGAUACAGCAUGCACAACAUAACCCUUUCUGACGACGAAAACAAACCGUUGCAUGAUAGCGAAUCGUAUUGAUCAGGAAUUUGUAAAGCCGUUUGUGUAGAGAAUUUUGUAAGCAAAUAGAAUAUAUAUUUAUUAUUGACUUAAUUUCUAUGACAUCGAGCACUGCUGGCGACUUCAUACGCGUAUUUUCAAAUAUCACAACAGUAGCGUCCCUUAGACAUACCGGACAGCAAUUACGAACGAAGGAAAUACCCCUCGUUCACACUCACGUCCACAGUAAGUAGCCAACGCGUCAGUCUGUGGCGUUGCUAUAACGUAAGCGUUAGGCUACUUUUUGGUAAACACUGGCGUCGGCUGCUUGGGUCAGCAGAAUGCCUGAUACAGACGCUGAUUUGCCCGGAAAUAUAGGGACUGUUUAACAAUCUGGCUUUCUCGGAAUUCCUCAGUGGACUGUUUUCGACACGAAGUUUAUCUGUUUUGGAUAAUGGAUGGCCGAGAUUGCGGACCCCCGAGAUCUGUUCAUAUACCCCCACCUUUACUCACGGGGCUGGCCAUGGAGUCACACCGGCUUGGAGCGGCUGCUGCAGCCGGCAGAAUACCUCCUUCCCCCGGCCACUUGGGCGCGGGACACUCGGCAUCACUCCAUACUGGAAAAUACUUGUCAUCGGCCAUUAACCUCCGUUCUCAUCACGGUGACGCCUUUCCGGUGGGCUCCUCCCCCUUCCUCGGCGGCUACGUGAGCUCCUCCAAUCCGCACGGAGGCCCCGCCCCCAUGACCUCCGACCCGUCCUUCAGGGCCCCCAACCCCACCAACCUGCAGAUGGCGCAGCUGUGGGCCUCCCACCUCCACGAGGGUUUCUCCCACCUGUCUGGCAGCUUGUACCCCGGCUCCUACAUUCCGCUGGGACCCCUGGAGCACCCCAGCAGCGGCAGCCCCCUCCACGCCCAGCUGGGCCAGCACCCCCUCUUCGAGCCCCCGAAAGAGGGCUUCUACCUCCCCGGCCAUGGAGGACCACCCGCCCUGCACUCCCAGUCCGCCCUCUCCGGGACCCACACUCCUAGCUCCCUGUCCAGGGAAAGGGAGGCCCUGCACUACCACAGGGGCGCAAGGGACGGGUCCCGGGACAGGGAGAGGCCCUGCAAGGCCGAGCCGGGCGAGCCUCACCCCCGCGGCCCGAGGGACGGGGACGGACCCAAAGAGGAGCCCCGGUCCCACAGCGUGGUGGACCUCACGGAGGACGACAGGAGAACGGGUGUCCCGCACAGGCCCUCGAAGAAAGCCUCGCCCUAUUUCCGCGAGCCCUCGCCCGGGCCGGGCGGUGGGGAGCUCAAGCCGGGCGCCCCCCUGCAGACGUCAUCGCUUAGCAACUGCAGGGGUGGCACCGGUGCCCCCUCGUCUGGGCCCCCUGGACCGGACCAGGACAGGUGGCACCGGGACCUGAACCACGACGACGAAAACACCAGACCUGGCGUCCUGUGCCAUGGGGACAGGUCGAAAAAAUGCGACCCGGCAGCGAUGUCCUCGAUUGGUACCCUGCAUGCGUCCCGCGGCAGCCCCUCCCCUCACGGGAAUCCCGCCCACUUACCCAACAGACUGAUGUCCACUGGCACGUACCCACCUCCCCCUCUCCCUCCCCACCUUCCGCCCAGCCUGUACCCGCUGUACCCCAUCGUGAAGGACCCCGGGAGGGAGCACAGGGUGAUCGCGCCCACGUUCGUGCCUUCGGUCGAGGUCUACGAGGAGAGACUGGGGCCCAUUCAGAUCGCCUCGCAGGCCCGGGAGAGCAAGAGCAGCAGGAGGACGGGGGAGAGGGACUCGAACCGACAGCCGGGCGGAGAGAGGCCUCAAGCGGACUCGGCUCGCCCUCCCCCAGCCCACGAGACCCCUCCCCACCACGGCAGGAGCACGGAGAUGUUACGAGAAGAAGGCUCCGUUAUUCGGUCCAACUGCUUCAGCACGAGGAGGCCGGCGCCUUCGGAAGCGCACGCGAGCAGACGGGGGCGCAGCCCGGACGCGGACUCUGCGCCGACCGGCGGCUCGUCCAAAGAGCCGAGCAGAACGGCCCUCGAAGCCGAGUACCGCGGCCACGACCGCGACAGAAUCCAGAGGGCGUCCGCGAGAGAAGGCGGCGCGAAGCACAGAGGGGCGGACUCCGCCUGGAUGCACCCGGACCAGCCCUCGCCCAAGGGCUUCGUCUCGCCGGAACACAAGUGGAAGCCCUUCGACAUGGCCGACUACGCCUCCGGCCAGAUGUCCGCCCUCGCGGCCCAGCACGGCCAGGGCCCCAGGGGGGAGGACGACGGAAAGAGCGCCUACCUGGAUCCCUCGGGGGUUCACAGACCUGCCCCGAGCGGGAGCUCCAGGGGGAGUCCUCAGAGGCUCCACCCGGAACCCCACAGGGAAGUGUCGGCCAUGCAGAGCCUGAUCAAAUACAGCGGCAGCUUCGCCAAGGGCCCCGGCUCGAGGCCCGGGUCCGACGGCAAGGGUCCCUUUGGGGGCUUGGGCAGCAUGAAGCCGGAGCCGAAGACCCAGCACUUCCCGUCGCAGCACCCUGGGAAGCAGCUGAAACGGGACCCGGAGCGCCCGGAGAGCGCCAAGUCCUUCGGCCGGGAGACCGUCGGCUCCCAGGGGGAGGUGGAGGUCCGGCACCCCCCGGUGGGGAUCGCCGUGGCGGUGGCGCGCCAGAGGGACAGCGGCAGCAAGCACGGCUUGGGCCCGGUGGACCGAGAGCGCCCCCUGAUGGGCGGCAUCAAAGGUUCCGGGCGUCCGGAGGAGGACGGGAGGGACGAGGGCGUGCGAGACGACCGGCUCCUGCAGGGCCGACUGGAGCGCGAGCAGGAGAAGCUGCUGAGGGAGAGCAAAGAGCUGGCGGAGUACACGCGGAUGCACCUGCCCGAGGGCACCGCCCACGGGCUCAACCCCAACCCGAUGGCGACGGGGCGCCCGCCCCUGGCUGGCUCCGGGCGCUGGCCCCCGGACCCCGCCUCCCACCUGGUGUCCCACCCCUGGAUGCCCCGCCCGAGCGGCCCCUCCAUGUGGCUCUCCGGCUCCCCCUACGGGCUGGGGCCCCCCUCUCUCCACCAAGGCCUGCCCCCGGGGUACCCCCCGACCCUCCCCGGCUCCAUGCCCCCUCCGUACCAGUUGGCGCGGGACCCUCAGACGGGUCAGCUGGUGGUCAUCCCCACGGAGCACCUCCCUCACUACGCGGCUGAGCUGAUGGAGCGGAGCCCCCCGCUGUGGCCGGCGCUGUACCCGGGGGCGGGCGCCUCGCUGCAGCACGCGCAGGAGCUGCACCUCCUCUCCCAGCAGCAGCUGCUCCGCCAGCAGGAGCUGCUCAUGAUCCAGCAGCAGGCCGCCCAGGUGAUGGAGCUGCAGAGGAGCGUGCAUCUUGCGGAGAGGCUGAAGGCGAGCGAGCAAAGAGCCGAAAUGGAGGACAAGGCGGCCAAAAGGGGCGGCGACGGUGGCUGCGGCAAGCAGGGCGUCUCCACUCGGCCCGGCCCCGCCCUGCACUCCCGAAAGCUGGCGGCCCGCUCCCCGACGCCCUCCCCGUCCCCCUCCUACAGCAAGGCCCUCACGCCCCUCCCCUCCCCCGUCUACAGCAAGGCCCUGACGCCCCUCCCCUCCCCCGUCGCCGCCGCCCUCAAGUCUGAGGGCGGGCCCAAAGCGGAGAAGUCCCUGCCCGGGCGCUCGUACUCCCACCCCUCCACCCCCGCCCCCCGGCCGCCCAGCCCCGCCUCCUCCCCGCCCCCGCUGCCUCCCCCUGUCCCGCCCAAGGAGGAGUGCGUGGAAGCGUGCGAGGGCAAAGAGCUGGAGCUUCAGAACCACGUCUCUGCACCCGCGCAGGCUCUGUACCCCGAAAUUCCUCCCGGUUACCCGUACCAGCCGCUCCCCGCGCCGUUCGGCAGCCACUACCCGUACCUGCUCCAGCCGGCCGCCGCGGCGGACGCCGACGGCCUGGCGCCCGACGUGCCGUUGCCGGCGGAGACCCUGGAGCGCUCCGCCCCCCCGGCCGACGUCAAGCCCCGCCGCCUGCGCUCCCCGGCCGCGGCGGAGCCCCCGCCGCCGCCCCCGGCAACCCCGGCGCCGCCGCGCCGCGACGAGCGGGCCACGCCCGGCAACCCCGCGGUGAAGGAGGAGCCCGGGCUGGAGGAGGGCGGGGAGGAGCCCGAGCUCCGGGCGGCCCGCCGCGGCGAGACGGCCGCCGCGCCCGGCGCGUCUGAGGCGGAGGCGGGGCGACGCACCGUGGUCACGGCCCUGUCGGCGGAAGGGGGGGCGGAGCCCGACGAGGCGCUCGCGGGAGGGAGGGUGAAGCUGGAGGAGGCGACAAUCAUAAGCGGACCGGAUCCCUACCGAGCUCCCACCGCGGGUCUCCUCGUCCCCGUGGCCGAGCCCCCGGUCCGCGAGGGGUCAGCCAGCCCCGCGAGCCCCGCCUACCGCCCCCCCGCCCAUUACGGCGAGCCCCAAGCGUGGGACGGCCCACCCGGGUCGGUCGGCCCCGCCUCCCCCCGACUCGAGGAGAUGGACCCGGGUCGAUGCCCGGAGCGGCCCGCCGAUGAGGUCACUGAGAUCGCCCGCGAGACGCCGUCCCCCCCGCCUCCUGUCCUGCCCCCCCCACUCCGGCCGCGCCUGUCCGUCGAGGACGUCGCCCCCGACGACCCCAUGGCCGGCAUGAUCGCCCUGGUGGCCGCCAGCGAGCUUCCGCAGGCCCGCCCCCUGCCCGCCCUCGUGGGGGCGGGGCCUCCCCUGGACCACGCCCCCCUGGAGCUUGCCGGGCUGGAGGGGAUGACCCUGCUGGGGGAGAUGGCCGAGCUGGAGCUGGAGAGGCAGUGCUUGGCCGUUCAGUGCGUGGCGGCGUCCUGUGGGCUGGACGUCCUGCUGCAGGCGAGCAGGCAGGUGCUCCUGGAGGAGCUGCGCCGGCCGGCCCUCACCGUCCGCCUCCCCCGCGAGCUCGACCCCAACAGGAAGUACAGCUGGAUGCAGAAGAAGGAGGAGCCUCUCUUCUCCAAGUCAGCCCUGGAGGGGAUGGACAUCUUGGAGGUGGACUACCGUAUGAGGUUGGCCGAGCUCCAGAGGCGGUACAAGGACAGACAGAGGGAGCUGAUGAAGCUUCAGAGACGGAGAGAGCGCGAGGAGAGGCGGCUGCUGGAGGAGAGCAGCCGGGCGUCGGCCCGCCGGGGCCCCGGGCGGCCCCCCAAGAGGAGGCACAGCCUCGCCGCCCCCUCCCCCCCCGCUGGCAAACCGCUGGACCCCAAGAGCGCCAGGUUCAGCAAGAGCCUAACCCUUUCCGAGGACUCAGAGACCGGAGAGGUACUGCGGAAGCGAUUUCGGGGACCCGGCCGCGAGGAGGACGAGGAGGUGGACGCGGCCGCGAGGGCGAAGAGGAAGAGCAGGCAGUGGGCCGAUCGGGAGCCGGCGUCAAGCUUCCCCCAGGAGAUGCCGAUGAAGAGCGGCAAGAAGAGGCGGCUGAGCGAGCAGGAGCAGCUGGCCUCCAAGCUGGACAGGGCCCUGUCGCUCACCAAGCUGGGUAAACUCCACCGGGCCCCCUUCCCUUUCGCGGGGGACCCCUGCGGGAGGGCCGCGCCCGGCCCCGGGGGGUGCGGCAAGCUCUCGGCGCUCCGGGAGACGGAGCUCAAGGCCGAGGCGGGGAAGCGGAGCCUCUCCGCGGGGCUCGGCCUCUUCCAGAAGUCGUCCAAGGGAGGUAAAAACAAAAUGGCCGCCAAAACGAAGAACGUGGAGCCCUGCUUGAACGCGAAAGGCCAACAGAAAGCGCUGUACUCCCCUGCGAGGUCGGACGUCAGCAGCUACUCCAACAACACAGACUCGGAAGAGGAGGAGGAGGAGGAGUUCAUGGCAGGGUGGCCGCCCUAUCCCGCUCUGAGCAGGACGGGAGCCCGCCCCCGAAGACCCGGCCUCUGCGGCAAGGUGUCCAAUCAGAGCUGGCCGCCGUCCAAGAGGGGCGAGGCCUCCGGGAGUCUCCGCCCCCGACAGGCGCUCGGCAGGACGACGCGCGAGCGCUUUGGCCUGCUGCUGCGGGAGGCGGGGGCCAGCUCCUCGGAAGACUCUUUCGACCAAGAAUACUUCAUGGAGAAGGAGGAUUACGAGGACGAGGAUGAUGAGGAGGAGGAGGAUGAAGACGAGUACGACACAAACGACGGGCUGUGCUCCCCCUCCAUGGAGGAGAGCGGGCUGGGCCUCCUCGCCCGAUUCGCCGCCAGCGCCCUCCCCAGCCCCCUUAUCCCCGCCCCCCUCUCUGUGGUCCAGCUGGAGGCCAAGCAGAAGGCCAGGAAGAAGGAGGAGAGGCAAAGCCUUCUGGGCACCGAGUUUGAGUACACCGACUCCGAGAACGACGUGAAGAUCAGGAAGAAGCUCCCGUCGCUGCUGCACGGGAAGCGCGCCGCUCUGGAGCUCCCCCUGCUGGCCCCGGCGAGCACGAGCGCGCCGCGGGAGGACCCCGUUCCCGCCCCGGUCCCCGGCCCCGGCCCCGCCCCCGGACCGGGCCCCGGGAGGCCCAGGGCGGCCGAGCGCGGCAGGAAGCCCAAGAAGGCGCGCCCCCCCCGGGCGCUCAGCCUGGACACAGCGAUGAUGAUGGAGGCCAGCGACGAGGACCACUGGGCCCGCCGGCGGAGCGAGCGCAUCUUCCUCCACGACGCCGCCGCCGCCGCCGCCGCGUCCACGCCCGUCUCGCCCGUCACGCCCUCCGGCCCCGCCCCCAAACCCGCCCGCUGCCCGAAGAAGGAGGCGGCCAAAGCGAAGGAGGCGAAGGACGUGGUCAAGAAGAGGAAGGCUAAAGAGAGCCCGGUGACCGUGACCCCGCCCCCGCCGCCCUGCCCCGCCCCCGAGGGCCGCGCGGCCCCGCCCUGCCCGCCCCUCAGCCCCGUGCGCCGGGGCAAGGCCAAAGCCAAGCCCAGGGAGGCGAAGAAAGAGCAGGCCAGGGGCAAGGGCGGGGCUGUCAGCAAGCUCAUGGAGAGCAUGGCGGCUGACGAGGACUUCGAACCCAAUCAGGACAGCAGCUUCUCUGAGGACGAGAACGUCCCACUCAGCGGGCCCCCGGACCGGCCCAGUACCCCCGGCCCGCGUAACUGCGUGAUCCAGAAGGAGGAGCUGCAGGACGGGCUCCGGGUCCUCAUCCCCAUGGACGACAAGCUGCUGUACGCCGGGCACGUCAACACCGUCCACUCGCCCGACAUAUACAGAGUGAUGGUGGAAGGAGAGCGAGGGAACAGACCCCACAUCUACUGCCUGGAGCAGCUGCUGCAGGAAGCGAUCGUGGACGUGAAGCCGCCCUCCGUGAAGUAUCUCCCAGAAGGCACCAGGAUCGCGGCCUACUGGAGUCAGCAGUACCGCUGCCUGUACCCGGGGAGCGUAGUCAGGGGCAACCCCGACGUGGAAGAGGACGACGACCUGAUCACCGUGGAGUUUGACGACGGCGACACAGGCCGGAUCCCGCUGUCUCACAUCAGACUCCUCCCCCCCGACUACAAGAUCCAAUGUGCUGAGCCCUCGCCGGCCCUCCUGGUGCCCAGCACAAAGAGACGGUGCAGGAAAUCCAGCAAGGAGGCACUGGAGAGCAAGGAGGCUCUGGAGAGCAAGGAGGUCCCGGAGAGCAAGGAGCCACCGGAGAGCAGGGAGGCCGGCUCCGGGACCACAGAGGAGCUGGCCCCCAAGAGCAGAGGACGGGGACGGAAACCCAAACCCAAGCCUGAUUCUGAGGUGAUUCCAGAAGAGCGGGAAAAACCCGAAACGUCUGCCGCCAGCGAGGCCCAGGAGACCCUUCCCCCGUCCGGCGGGUCGGUCCCCCGGGCGGGCAGAAAGCGACAGCAGGGGAACGCGGCCAGCUCCUCCGCCGCCACGCCCGACGAGGCCCAGAAGAAACCGGUGCCGACCAAGGCCGCCGCCAAGGCCAGCCCCCAGCUGCAAACGGCCUACUCCUCCCCCGUCUACGGGAAAGUCCUCUCGGUCAGCCUCUACGCCGAGCCGUCCCUCUCCCUGGGGUCGUUCAUGUCCGGCGCGAGCUCCGCCCUGGGGAAGGCCAACCCCCCCAGGAAGGGGAGGAAGGGCGACGGCCCCCGCGAGGCCGGGCCCGGGGCGAAGGCGCAGAGGAAGCCGCCGCCGCAGGCCGAGGUCCUGAUCAAGCUGGACCACGAGGGCGUCACGUCCCCCAAGACCAAGAAGACCAAGGCCCUGAUGAUGAUGGAGGACCAGGGCCUCGACAAACGGCAGAGCGCGGCGGUCAUGGGCGUGGCCUACACCGCGGUGCCCGCCGGGGAGGCCGCUCACAAGCCGGCCAAGGCCAAAGCUCCGGAGAAGGAGGACCCGAAGGCCGGCGCCGUCUCCACCUACAGCAAGCCGGGCAGGGCCGGGGAGGGCGUGGUCAAGGGUCCCCAGGUUGGUAAGGAGGAGUCGGACAGCAGCAGCAGCGUCGGCUCCGAGUCCGAAGGAGAGGGGGAGGAAGAGGAGCCGAUGAAGGAGGAGGAGGAGGAGGAGGAGGCGGCACAGGAGGACGCCGCGUCCGGCACCUCCCGGGCCUCCAGCCCCGUCUCCACCGACUCCUCCAGCUCCUCCACCAACAGCUCAUCGGCAUCUUCCUCCUCCGGCUCCGGCUCAGCCUCCUCUUCCUCGUCGUCGUCAUCAUCAUCGUCGGCCUCUUCGACCACGACCGACGAGGACUCCCCCUGCAGCUCCGACGAGGAGACGGCGGGCUCGCCUCAGAACUCCUCCUCCUCCUCCUCCUUGUCCACCACCCCCCAGAGCCCCCCGGAAGCUGGUAAGAAGCAGCCCGACCCGCCGGAGGCGCCCGCGUCCGUCCCGACCAAAGGCCAGAGGCGCCAGCAGGCCAAGCUGAAGGAGCAGCAGGGCAAGAGCCCGCCCAAGAGGCGGGAGGGCAUCCACCUCCCCACCACCAAGGAGCUGGCCAAGCGCCAGAGGCUGCCCUCGGUGGAGAACAGGCCCAAGAUCUCGGCCUUCCUCCCGGCCAGGCAGCUCUGGAAGUGGUUUGGGAAGCCCACCCAGAGGCGGGGGAUGAAGGGCAAGGCCAAGAAGCUGUUCUACAAGGCCAUCGUGCGCGGGAAGGAGAUGAUCCGCAUCGGCGACUGCGCCGUGUUCCUGUCCGCCGGGCGGCCCAACCUGCCCUACAUCGGCCACAUCCAGAGCAUGUGGGAGUCCUGGGGGAGCAACAUGGUGGUCCGGGUCAAGUGGUUCUACCACCCGGAGGAAACCAACCCCGGGAAGAAACUGCACGAUGGGAAGGCCUGGGAUCCGAAGUCCGCCAAGGGGCUCCACGCGGCUUUGCAGGCCUCCAAUCAGAGGAAAGACUUCAUGGAGCGUGCCCUCUACCAGUCGUCCCACAUCGACGAGAACGACGUGCAGACCAUCUCUCACAAGUGCCUGGUGGUCAGCCUGGAGCAGUACGAACAGAUGAUCAAGACCAAGAAGUACCAGGACAGCGAGGACCUCUACUACUUAGCCGGAACCUACGAGCCCACCACGGGGAUGAUCUUCAACACGGACGGUGUUCCCAUCAUCUGCUGAACUCCCCCCCCCACAACCGCCAACCACCAUCAUGACCCCCCCCCCCCCUCCCACCCCCUCCAAAUCCUGUCUUUGUUGUUCCUCACGGAGAAGAAUGAACUCUCGAGAGCAGGGAACGCGCGCUGUGGACAACAAAGAGCGGGAUCUGAGAAGUGGAGACGAUCCAGAGCGUCUUGGGCGUUUGGGGACGCCAGUGACUUUAACCGUGACCUUCCGAGCUGAGAGAGAGAAAGGUCUAAGGGAGAGGCAGGGUGGUGAAGAGAGGGAGCUGGGCUCACAGCGAGAGGCACCAGCUGCUGGGGCCCGGGAGGGGGUGUUCAAUGCCACCCGGGGACCUGUUCUUCCUCAGGGCAUCGCACUGAGUAACCAGAGAGUCUAGUCUGAAACGGCGGCCGUGCUUGAAACAAGCAGUUGGAACACGUGCCCUUGUCGGCAUGAAGAAGUUCAUGCUGGUGACUGCGAUGUGGGUCAGUGAUCAUUCGGUUGUAUUGAUCUUGUUGCAUAACAUCGGGGGAAGGAUGUGUGGUGAAAGUCGACGGCGGGGUGAAACCUCUCCGAGCUCGCCUGAGCUGCCAAGCCCUCUUGUUUCUCCAGCACCACCAGCAACCCUGAGUCAGAGGAGCCACAGAGCCAGAGCUCCUUAGGCCCCAGGACCCAAAACCCAGCACCUACUCCCUCCUGCACGUCUGCUGCCUGCUCCCCGCUUACCAUCACCGGCCGCAGUGUGCAGUGGAAUGGAAAAUCACGCCCACCAGGAGAAAUGACAUCACAGUCCGUGUUGCCUGGCAACACGCUGAUGGGAAAAGGGGUGGGUGGGGGUGGGGGGGGGACCCGGAUGGUACUUUAAAAAGAAAGGAUCUCAGGCUGGUGCUGACAGAUCGGGCCUUGUCCCGCCUCACGCAAACGGUCAGGUCUGCCACCAGCGAUGCUGCCGUCACGACAGGGUCGCGUCGCGUCGCGACGGCCUCCAGGCGAUAACGCGAGAUAUCGGGACGGCGGAGGAGAACCGAUAGAAGGAUCAAGGAUAAAAGACAUUUCCCUCUUCCCUCUCCCUGCAGGAAACCCAGCCUUGACACGGGCCUGGCUCGGGUUCGAGCGGGAUCUCCCUUACUUUCAACCGUCCGUUUGUUCACACAAAAUGCAGCGCGUCCGUUAACAGACUUGGAAAAGUGGACAAAACCAAACUUACCGCAAAAGAACAUUUUCUCAACUCCCUGAAAACUGGGAGAAGCAACGGUCCUUUGGAAGACUGGAGUUGCACUGGUGUGGAAGGGACCCCAACGUUUUAUGUAUAUUACAUAUAAAUAUAUAUACACAGUAUAUGUUUAGACAGUUUUUUGUUUCAUGUAUUGUAUCUAUGUAAAAUUUUUAUUUUUAAAGAUAAAAAAAAGCUUUAUACAACUGUGAAUAUAAUUGGAGAAAAACAAAUCAGGAAACCUGAGACUGAGGACAGAGAUUAAUCUUGUUGCUGGCUCUUAACUCGACUGCACACUAGGCUUGGUGAGUCAUUUGUAUUACACAACGGAAUACAGGGAAAAUUUAGUUCCAGAAUAGGUUGCGGUGUUCUGCGGCCGUUGGUUGUCAAACGCUACUGUAAAACAGAGAUCGCUAGACACUACCCAUCGUUGAAUGUUGAAAAGAAGAAAUUAGACAAUCUGGGGGGCUGCAGUAGAUGUGCUCAUUUAAUACCGUUUGUGUUUGUAUUUUUUUUUUUCCCUUUAUCAGAAUGGAAGUCGCACUAAGUUCUGUCUGAUUGGGUAUUUGAUUCGUAGCGUUGCUGUUCUCAGCUUGUCGCGUUUUCUGAGUGGGAACAUGCUACCGUUUUUAUAAUUCCAGCUAAAAUCCUGAAUUUUGCCUUGCAAAUUCAUCUCCCCCGUUAAAAAUGCACUUUCGUGAAGCGGUCCAAUAAUAGUGGUCAAAGAAAAAGAAAAAAAAAACUAAACCCUAAGCUCUGAGAAUGGAGGAAAUUGGUAUUCUAAAACGCCCAUGGGAGACCAUGUUAAGUGUCAUUAUUUCUUUAGAUUUUUUAUUUAUCCUUAUUGCUAGUUUCACUGUAUAAUAUCGAGCACUUAGAUGUUUAUCCUAAAAUCCCCCCUCCCCCCCCACUACUCAUGCCAUACAUAGUCUAUAGCCUUAAUCUUAGUCCAAGAGAGCCUUCUCGAUAUUGAGCAACUGGUCUUUCUUUUCCAAUCUUAUACAUGUGACCCAUUGACACGUUGAAUGGUAAUCCAAAGAGCACCUUUAGUCACUUAUCUUUGUGUUGGACCGUGAGGACCUAGAUCUUUAAUUGCUUUAAUGUACGCUGCUUUACUGUCUCUCAUUUCCUUCGAGCAUGUGCCUAACCCCAACUUCACCACGAUGCUGGCCUGAUCGUCCGUGGUUAAACACAGGCCAGACGUUAAUUUGCAUAGAUACAAGCAGCGGUCUUUAAGAUGCCAGAAUAACUAUAUGGACUUUAAAAAAUUGGCUACCUGGAAUUUAGAAAAUUGCAUUAAAAUGUCAAAUUGCCUUACCGCUAAUAACGUAUUCAGACUGGCUGGUCGGUUCUCCCGAAUGUGAUAUGAUUAUAAAAUGGCAGAAUAUUAAAUCUAUAAGGUAAUCCGUCAUCUGCCCGAAUAAAUGCCAUCAUUUGCGUCAGGUUGGAUAUAAUUUCACGACAUGUUUUUAAACCGCAUAUUCGAAUGCCACGUCCUCUAAAGGCGUCCCCUCCAAAAAAAUGUUUAGUCAUCUCACCCGAGUCGCUUAGUAAGUCCGUCUCGCCCUCGCGCGUGAAAGGCGCCAUUUCUGUGGGGUGAAACGCGGCGUGUACCCGAGCGCGUACUUGCGCAGACCGAUAUGGACUCCAUAUUUGUUUUUGGCCUCUUCUAUUGGUUUUCACGCUAUAUCCCAUUAAAAUCUCAUUAAAGUGAUUUUUUUUUAUUGCUACACCACAUGGAGGGGAAAUGAGGCUUCUUUGGGAGUCUCUGGUGGGAUGGUUCUUUCAGUAUUUCUGAACCUCUUAAUGUGCGGACACCCAAGUAUUUAUUCGAUAAACCUUUUUGUGUCAAAUACAUUUCUCGUAGAAUUGUUGUUCUUUGAGAUAACCAACAUGUAGGUAUUCAUUGGGAAUAAAUGCUGUAUUUCUUCAAAUAUUAAACUUUAUAUUUUCUUUAUGAUUAAAAUAAAAGAUUAUAUUUUGUCAGAGUGUCUAUUGUUUUAGUUAUUCUGUUCCCCAGAGAAAAUCUAUAAAUAGAGCCAGAGGUGCCAAAGUAUUCCUAACUGCAGUAAAGGUGAAAAAAUAAGUUGGAGGCAUUGUAACGGCUAUUAUUAUUUUACAAUCAGCUGCCUUUCUGUGAAGGAUUUAGUCGACCUUUUUUAGGACUCCCAAUUUCAGUGCCCCAAAAAUGUUUUCUCAGAGCUUGAGGCAAUCAUCCGAUGCACUUUUGACUUUUUACGUUGUCUACUUUAAAAGUGAACAGCAGUGUCACUUAAAAAACCUGCGUAUAAUCCGCAAGUAGAAUAAUCAGGCAAGGCCGUACGUACUUUUCUGGGUGGCCUCUGUCAAACUGGGGGCGGGGGGAGUGGAUGGUAGCGGGUGAUCACCUGAUCGUUACCCACAUCACCCCCCCCCCCCACUUCGUUCCAUUGCUGUUUAUUGGUUCGUUUUGGUCACAUGCCCGCCCGUCUCACCCCAGGCUCAUUGGUCCCGCCUCCUGCCUGUGCGGUCGUGGCUGUGAGCCGGAUCCUGGAGGCAAACGAUUGGCCGUUGCAGGCCUGUGGGGGCGGGUCUUCAGCAUUGCAUGUAAAAGCGGCAAAGACCAGCGCUCAUCUGCGCCAAUGGGCGUCAGUUUCUUUUCUCUGGCUGUCACGGUGACCACUACAUUGACACGUUGUGUUUCUAUAUAAAACACACGCACAAAUAAGCAAAUUAAUGUAUCCGUUUUAGGGACUCUUCCUGCAUGUUCAUUUCAACUCUGAUAUACUGUAGGAGUUUAUUUACGUCCAUACAGAGAACUUUGUAACUACUGUUUAAUAUUAGAUGGCCAACCGUCUAUAGUUGGGGGGGGGGAGGGACUUGGAUUUUCAGAAUGUUUAAUGUGAUUUAUUUUUGAAUGUUCUUUUUUGUAUAACAAAUCUUGUCUUUUUUAUUUUUCUCGCGUUUUCCUCUUCCUGUGAUGUAUUCUCCAUGCUUAAUGUGCAAUACUGCUGACUUGCGCUCUCCUUGGGUAGCCGCUAGUUGGGGAACGAAAAAUGUUUGUGAAUGGAGAUGAUGAGGAACGUGUUAGGGUCAAAGGUCGGAGGUCGGAGGUUGGAGGCUGGUCCUUCACUGGUCUUUGUUUGUCAUUUUUUGAUUAUUGAAAAGGUCCAGUUAAAAAAAUAUAUCUAUAUAUAUAUAUAUCUAUAUAUGUAAGCGAUAUUAAAAGAAGAAAAAAAUUUAUUUUGGAAUUUUCAAAAUAUCAAGGUUUUGUAAAUGAUCCAUUUUGAGAGGAGGGUGAUAAACUAUGAAUCUGUUACUUUGUGUAUACGUUUAAUCAUGUAAUAAGUAUCAUUUUAAGACCACAGUGGCGAUGAUAACGGAACACUAAAGCCCCAAGCGAAAACUGAACAUGGCUGUGUGUGACUUGUGUAUAAAAUUUGCGUAAGUGGAGCUUUUUAUUUUUUACUGACACUACCGACCUUCACAAGGUGUUCCUUUUAAAGCUUUUUAGUAUCUUGAGAUGUUUUUUAUAGGUUAUUCAUCAAUAAACCACAAUGAUCUGAAA